AUGCCAAUAAAAUUUAAAUUUAAAUUUCGAUCUACUUACUUAUAUGUACAGGUUAUAGAUAAUAUUUUUGAUGAAUAUACUUUGCAAAUUCGAGAAGCUUAUGGAAUCGACCAAGGACUGGGUUCGAUUUUAGGUAAAGCGAAAGUACAAAUAAGCAGAUUCGCUGCUGCAAUACAUGCAACUUCAUUGGCUUCAGCAGUUUUCGAUCAACUCGCCAAUGAUGAUUCACUACCCGGAUACUAUGAAAAAAGCAAACCAAUGUUCGAUUUGCUCAAACGUGCUGUUAGAGGUUUCAAAGAAACACACAAUUGGACUGUGAUUUCUGAGGCUACUGCAAAAUCAGCUGUAGUACUGAUGAACUAUUUUGUAACUCAAAAAAAGAUCUAUACAAAUCCAUGGACAUUACGUAUGGUUGUUUUAGGAGUGUUGGCAAAAGAAAAGUUAAAUGGUGCACAUAAAGCAACUACUUUCUUCAUAAAGACAACUAUUGAUCCUAAAUGGGAUGCUGCACAACUAGCUGCAUUCACUAUCCAAUUAGCACGUUAUAACAUAUCACUAAAAUCAUAUAAAGAAUCUCUUCAGUUGGAAAGAAGUUCUGUAGUGAAUGAAGCACAAUACGGCGAAAAUUGUUAG